AUGGUAGUGCCCAGCUACACGUGCAUCGUCCUCGUCCUCUUAAUCACGUGGACCUGUCCCAGUGGAGGCCAGGGUCGCACGCUGCAGAGCUGGCUUUCCAAGCUGUCGCAUUUUGGCGACGGACAUGAGGCUCCGACCGCAAACACCCUACCGAGGCGCCGGCGGCGAGAAAGCCUGGAGACUCAGAUGGAGCAUUGCGCGCUGUUGGCCGCGCCGUGGACGGAGGCCACGGGUAAUUUCGAGGACAGCGGACAGUUAUACAGGCUUAGGGUCCUCUCCUUGCAAGAUGGGGGCUUGAGGCGGCCCGUCUUCCCCGAACAGCCACUUUUCCGUUUUGUUCGACGGGUUUAUCGAUGCUGUCAGAUGGGUUUCCAUUGCCGAGGAGUGAAAGGGAUUCAAGGCCGUUUGACUGGAGGCUCUGAAGUUGAGUUUUUGCUCAGUGCGGAUGUCCUGUCAGUGCCUGUCGUGAGAGCUGAGAUACACCUUCACGUUUUAAACCCGCACCAUCUUCAAGUGGAGCCGUGGCUUCCCUCCAUGGCAAAACACCAGUCCCCUACACGGUACACUGCGUGGUCAAAGGGCGAGGUGCUGGAGCUCAGAGUUGACACCCUGUUCCUGUUCCAGGGCCUCCAGCGAGCUGCGGGGGGUGCCCGUGGAGGGCCGAGUCUGGCAGACCUGCGAAGGGUGGGGGGGUUGGCUAGGCUGAGGGGUGCGGGUCUGAGGGGACGCCACGAAGUGCAGGCUCUGCAGGACACCGACGGCGACGCCUGGGGGGAUGGGGACGGCUUCCUGACGUCCGCCCUGGAGCUUGGCCUGGUGUUGCGCUGCAGCAGCGGCGGAGUGAGUGUGCCGUGCAAAGACUACGGAGUUCACCUUCUCCACGCCCCAUUCAUUGCCCUCUCCUACAGAUAG